AUGCAAUUAGCAAAUUUAGCUGCAUUUGUACCUCUAUUUCCUGCAGCCAGAAAGUCUAAAUAUGCAAUAUGUUCAGUAAACCUUACAAGCGAAGGACAUUAUUUUGAUUUUGAUGAAGUGCUUGAAACAUACAGAGUAAAAUUCGUCAAACAAAAUAUAACUAAUAAUAUCACCAUCCAAGAGACCAUGAUGUUGAAGAUUAAAUCACAUAAAGAUUCAUUCUGGUCUCUAGUUGCAAAUCUGUUAUCAACCUUUGAUCAUCCAAAUCCUACAACAUAUUAUUUGUUUGAAGAUGUACCAGAAUUUAGUAAAGAAGGUAUUGAAAAUCUACUUUCUUUCUAUGAAACAGAAAAGUUGUGUUUUCAAGAGAUGCUUGAAGAGGAUGUAUACAAAACUAAGUGCCAGACUUCCAAAUACAAUCAAAUAGACAACUCUAUUCAAGAAUCAAUUGAUCAACAGGAUACAUUAAUAUUGCAGCAAACAUUAUCACUAUCAUCUUCUGCAACCAAUCCUUUUAAAUAUUCAUGCUGCAUCACCACAGAAGCAGAAAAAACAAUCCUUGCACAACUCUUUAAACUUGGAGAUAGUGAUAUAGCAUCUGAAAAUAAAAUUAAGAAGGUAUUAUCUGAACUUCUUACCAUCUCCUCAGAUUGGACAGAAAAAAGAGUUAAGCAGUACUGA